AGUUGGCGAAGAACAUAAAUACAACUUAGGUAUUCAAAUGACUGAAUAGCGAAUAGUCUUAACAAUAUAACUUUUAAAUUAAUAAUAAAUGACAAUAUUUAAUAAUUAAUUAUAAUAAACUUAAUACUAUUAUUUAUUACCUACUUGUGUCUAUUUUAGAAGAAAUUAAAAAAUGAAAACAUUUCUUAAAGUAAUUAUGUUUAAAAACUUCUAUAAUAGAAUGCAUUCAACAAAGCAAGUGAAAUGGGAUAUCAUGGCUGGUUUAUGUCUACAACGAAAACCAAUAAUUACUAAAUCAUUAACUGAUACAGAGGUAAAUUUUCAAAAUUUUUUACAAGAAAUUGAAUUUGAAAAGAGCUUGAAAUCAGAUCACGAGCUUAAACAUGAAAAAGAUGUAGUGAGAAUGGAAAAAUUGAAAAAUGGAAAGGUUGUUGAUUUUGAUGACAUUGAUCAAGCAUCGAAUCAAUCGGCGCAAGACUAUGUAGAUAAGAACAAAGAAGAACUUUUAAAUUUUAAAUUUGCUAGUCGUUCAACUGAAGCAGACACAAUCAAUGAUACUAAAUCAUUAAAAAGAAAAUUAGAUGAUAAUUUAGUAUUGAUCGUUAAACAAAAAUUGGGACAUGAUGACUUAUGGAUUUUACCACAAGGUUUGUGGAAUGAUGGAGAAACAUUAAGAGGAACAGCUGAAAGAAUAUUAAGAGAAUCCUUUGGCAAUAAUGUAAAUGUUAGUUUUUAUGGCAAUGCUCCAUGCGGGUUUUAUAAGUAUAAGUAUCCAAAACAAAAACGAGAACAAUCUAAUGUGGAAGGGGCAAAAAUAUUUUUUUACAAAGCAAAACUUUUGGAUGGAAAUGUAGAACAAAAAGGUAUAUGGACAGAUUAUGAAUGGUCAACUGUUCCAGAACUCAAUAAGAGACUUAUUCAACCAUACAUGAAAAAUGUUAAAUUAUUCUUGUCAAAUUAUAAUGUAAACACAUAAUUAAUAGAUAACUUUUGCUUACAUAUACCUUUGUUAGCUUUAUUGAUGAUGUUUCUCAGCAAAAUAGAACAGUUUUCUAGA